GAUUGUAUUUAAGACCUUUUGUGAUAUUUUAGGAGGAAUUUACACAUUUAAAGGCCAUAAAGACCAUUUAAAGUCCAAUUACUGGAUUUAAGAAUGUAUUAUUAUUAUUAUUUUUUUUUUUUACUUUUUAAGAACCCACGGAUACUAGAGGUGUGCGAAAUUUCCGAUUCCUAGAUUAUUCGCGAUUUGGCCGUGGAAGAUUCGAGAACGAUUCAGAAACAUCCAAAUUACGAUUAUUGAAAUAUGUCAAGUAAAGCGGAAGUAAAACACACUCAGCGCACCACGCGGUCUUCGGGACGCAAUGAGGAACGGAGCGAGAGUAGCUAAACAUCAUGCUUGUCAUUUCCCGGCCCCUCGGGUAAUGCCAAUGCUUAACUCACAGCUCUAGCUCAACUCAUGCCGCGAGAUAAAAAAACAACAACAUACCUGACUGCUGACGACAGCUGCUACAAAGUACGUCCACAUAAUGUUAAGGUAGAUAUCAUAUUUAUAUAGGACUAGAUGCAAUAUAGACUCGGUGGCGAUAGCAGCACAUGUACAGAAAGCUAGAUGCGGGCAUUAGUAAACGGUCUGUCAUCAGUAAUCGAUUUAUAAUCAAAUCGUAGCCUCUGAAUCGUAAUCGAAUCGUUAGGUGCACAAAGAUUCCCACCUCUAACGGAUACCUUGACUAUUCGGUGAACAAUUCAAUAUUAAAAUCAUUGUUGCUGGCUUUAAUUGCUUAUGACAGUAGGAGUACUAAUUUGGACUCACGUCAUCUUUCUUCCUCUUGGAUUUACUCUCUUCUCCGUCUCCUUCACUGGCCUUUCGUUUGCCCUCGUGCGCCGACUUCUGAGACUGGAGGAACUCUGCGAUAAGGUCGGGACAGUCCAGGUUGUCCUCUGGCUCCCACGUGUUGUCUUCCCUUUUGUGAUGAUCACACAACGAACAAUAUUAAGACUGAGUCAUCCCCACACUGUGCAGCAUGUGAAUUGAAACAACUUCCUUCAUCACCUCUCUCCUCGUGCAGCAGCAGCCUCACAGCCAUGACCAUGAACCAUGAUGAUGAGUUUGUUGCUGUGCGAGUUCAAGAUCCUCGAGUGCAGAAUGAAGGCUUGUGGAAUUCAUAUGUGGAUUACAAGAUAUUCCUACAUACAAACAGUAAGGCGUUCACCGCCAAGACGUCAUGUGUGCGGCGGCGCUACAGCGAGUUCGCAUGGUUGAAGAAGAGGCUGCAGAAGAAUGCUGGCUUGGUGCCAGUUCCAGACCUCCCCGGAAAGUCCUUCUUCUCUUUCAGCAAUGAGGAUUUCCUGGAACGGAGGCGGCAAGGACUUCAAGUCUUCCUGGACAAGGUGGUAAACAUGACAGUGUGUCUGUCGGACAGCCAGCUUCACCUGUUCCUUCAGACGCAGCUUCCUGUCGGCCACAUCCUGGACUGCGUGCAAGGCCACACCCCUUACACUGUGACGGACGCAAUUCUGACAUACGCUUCUUCCAAUCGCGGCUGGGCUCAGGCUCAGGAGGACGAAGUCGCCGUCAAGGAGCCGAGUCUCAAUGUGUCUUACGAAUCCAUGGAAAGCCCGGCUCCUCAUCAGCCUCGUUCUCACGACCAAGACGGAGUUAGCCUGCCGCUUUUCCCGCCCGGUGCCGACGACGUACUCGAACCUCUGGACCUGACCACUCAGGACAAAGCCACGCCGGCUAUCUUCUACCUGGGAAAUGAGCGGACGGUGACAGAAGAUGCCACGCCUGGAAGCGGUCCCAUGGAGACCCCCGUGGAGGUCCACGCUUCUGUGGUUACGAACAUUGAGGAGGAGGACAUUGGAAGUUCAAGUCUUCAGGAGGACGCACAGGCGGAGGUUCUGGUUGCGUGUUCUGAAGCAGAAGAGGAAAACGCGCCUGUACAGGAACUCGUGCUUGAAGCGGUCACGUCUAGACAGGAAGCUGUAAGCGAGGUGGACGCCGCCUCUCUCACAUCGUCAAAUGAGAGCAUCGUACAAGUCAGCGAUGAAGAAGACUUGGUCAGCCAUGAGCGUUUGUCACCAAACGGCUUUGUCAAGACACCUCUCGAGGAUGACAACCGCUGGUUACAGGUGCCGGGCGGAGCCGCUACGGACCUCCAAGCGAACGGUCCCACUGACCGGGAGCUGAGUAACUCUUUGGAUGUCAAUUUUGCUGAGAAUGACUUUAGCGUGUUGGGCAGCAGCUCUGCUCCUGAUUUAGCUCAUGGGAACAAUUCAGAUUUGUCAGACUGAAAAGGAUAUUUAGUUUAGAAUUUUUUUUUUGUUCUGAAUGGUGUCAUAAUCAAACACUUUUAUCAAAAUGUUACGUUCUUUCUCUAACUUACGCUUACAGAAACUCAACCAUUUUCAGACAAAAGACAAUUGUCUAUACUUGCCACAAGAUGGUGACAAAGCACUUUUUUUGCUUGCUUCAACAUAUUUUGCAGCAAAACUAUUCUCCAACAUUGCUUUGACCUGAGCACUAAAACGGCGAUUAGGAUGUAGAACAUCAGUUGGUAAUCUUGAAUAUAUAGCAUUAUGAACAAUGCAUUUUUUUUUUUUUCCUCAGAAAGUCGAUGCUGGUUUGUGGACGCCUCAGCUCUAAUUUGUCAUGUCACUUUUGGGACAGCAGAGGGCGCUGAGGAAUUUCGUAUUUUUAAAACAACUUUGCAACUAUAAAAUGAAAAUAUAAUAUUGGAAAUAAGGCCACUAUAUCUUUCUAUCUGACGUUUUGAACGUCAGCUUUGCACAGGAAACAUUCAAAGUUGCCAGACAUAAGAGGUUGUUGUUUGUUUUUUUGUUUUAACACGAUACAUUUUAAUUAUUGACAGCAGGCAUCGGCGUUUUUAGUUGUGUAUUGUCGCUUUAGCGUCAGCAGAGGGCGCCAAAGUUGACAUUUUAUUCGUUUCUAAUUGUAUUGAUAAAAAAGGGACUGAGUUAAAUCUCGUUCUGCAUUAAAAUUUAGUUUGUUUUGUUUUGUUUUAGUUGUUUCACCACUGAUAUUUUGCUGGGACGUUUCCCAGUGAGAUUAACUUCUGUUUGUUGAUUACACCAAUGUGUAAUUUUAUUUGACCAAAUAAAGUCACUAAUGUGGG